UCGACAGGGGGCGGUGCUGCCUUAUGACGCGUUUGUAGCAAGCUGACCGCAAACAGCGAAGAAGAAUCUGUUUGAGAGAAGCGGAUAGAUUUUGGCAAACCAUCGUGUGUUUGUAAAAGAAUCAGCAUUUACCGAUUAUUUUGCUGUCGCCUAAACCAACAGCAGUAACUCAGUCGGAUAUACUUUUACCUUCAUCGUGAAAAGCCCUCAGAAAUGGCAGAAAAUGCAGAGCAAAAUGAGGCAAAGCAUGACAGCUCACCUUCCCCGGGGAUGUCAGACCAGGAGAAAGAGAUGGCAGCCUGUGCACAUGAAGCGUUUACGGCUGGCAGGUAUGACGAGUCAUUCAAACACCUUGAAGCCCUGCAGGAGCUCAACAAAGAGGACUACAAGAUUGCAAUGAAUAAAGCAGUCGUUGAGUUUUACAGAAGUGGUCAGACUACCACAGGGGUGCUGAAGCAGACCCUGAUCUCAAUGAAGAACCAGGUUCACACGUCAGCAGAAGACGUUGAUGGUUUGGAUGAUGUUGAAAAUAGUUUGCUGUACUAUAAUCAAGCUAUCAUCCACUAUUACAUGCGACAGUACUCUGAAGCCAUUUCCAUCGGAGAGAAGCUCUACCAGUUUCUGGAACCAUUCGAAGAGAAGUUUGCUCAGGCUGUGUGCUUCUUGCUGGUGGAUCUUUACCUGCUCACCUUCCAGCCAGAGAAGGCCCUCCAUCUGUUGGCUGUGCUGGACAAACUCUCUGUACAAGGAAGCAACAAGAACGGAAAAGGAGAGAACAACAGUUCAAACAAAGAUGGAGGAAACCAGAAGGCUGAGUUAGCAGCCAUGAUUGAAGCUGCCAAAUCAAAAAUGCACCAGUACAAAGUGAGAGCAUACAUUCAGAUGAAAUCCUCCAAGGCCUGUAAAAGGGAGAUCAAAUCAGUGAUGAACACAGCGGGGAACUCUGCACCCUCACUAUUUCUCAAGAGUAAUUUUGAGUAUCUGAGAGGAAACUACCGGAAAGCAGUCAAACUGUUGAACAGCUCCAACAUCGCAGAACAUGCUGGACCCAUCAAGACAGGUGAAUGUGUUCGAUGUAUGUUCUGGAACAAUCUGGGCUGCAUUCACUUUGCAAUGGGGAAACAUAACCUAGGCAUUUUCUAUUUCAAGAAGGCUCUGCAAGAGAAUGACCACACCUGUGCACAGUUGGGAGACGGUAGCAAUGGCCAGUCUAAAAAAUUCACAGGUAUCCCCAUGUGUGCUUUACUAGCCAACAAGCGCUAUGAGCUGCUGUAUAACUGCGGCAUUCAGCUGCUGCACAUCGGCAGACCUCUGGCAGCGUUUGAGUGUCUGAUGGAGGCGGUUCAGGUUUAUCACUCCAACCCUCGGCUGUGGCUGCGGCUUGCAGAGUGCUGCAUCUCUGCUAACAAAGGGGGCCUGGAGCAGGAAAGCAAAGGUUUGCCUUGUAAAAAAGGAAUCGUUCAGUCUGUUGUUGGGCAGGGCUACCAUCGCAAGAUCAUCCUGGCGUCCCAGUCUACACAGAAUACCAUCUACAGUGAGGGCCAGUCAGCAGCUAUUCCAGUUGCCAGUAUGGAGUUUGCAGCGAUCUGCCUGAGGAACGCCCUGCUGCUGCUGCCUGAACACCAGCAGCAAGAUGUGAAGAUGGAGCACAGCUCCAAGAACUCCAGCCAGUCAGGAAGCACUGAGAGCGGCAGCGAGAACAGUGAUGCCUGCAGUGGAAAAGGUCAGGAGGCUGAUAAGUUUCUGUCUGCUGCUCCGUCUUCUCCUCUUAGAAAACAAGAGGUAGAAAACCUCAGGUGCUCCAUCCUGGCCUGCAGUAGCUACGUAGCAUUGGCGCUGGGAGACAACCUGAUGGCUCUGAACCAUGCUGAGAAGCUGCUCCAUCAAACCAAGGUGUCUGGAUCUCUCAAGUUUCUUGGUCACCUCUAUGCUGCUGAAGCCCUCAUCUCAUUGGACAGAAUCUCUGAUGCAAUCGCUCACCUCAACCCAGAGAACGUCAGUGACGUGUCAAUGGGAGUCCUGAUGAGUGAACAAGACCAGGCAGGGUCUGACAAAGGAGACGAGCCUGUCGAACCUUCAGGGAAGCAGACUCCUCUGUGUUACCCCAGCAGUGUGACCUCAGCUCGGGCCAUGAUGCUCUUCAACCUGGGUAGUGCGUACUGUUUGAGGAGUGAGUACGACAAGGCCCGCAAGUGCCUGACUCAGGCUGCAUCCAUGAUGAACAGCAAGGAGAUCCCACCUGAAGCCAUCCUGCUUGGAGUUUAUCUGGAGCUGCAGAACGGAAACACUCAGCUGGCUCUGCAGAUCAUCAAACGGAACCAGCUGCUGCCCCCCACGCAGCAGAGGCUCUCCCCGGACUUCCGCAAGAAACCCAUCCAGCCCUUCCAGUUAUCCUCAUCUUUUACACCAGCCCAAAGGAAAUGACCCCCCCAUACAGCACCCUGCUGAGCCACUGCGUCUCAGCACCGGCAGCUGUAUGAACUGCAGGAGUGGCUCCUGGGCUGCUGAGGAGAGAAGAACUCCGUCUGUGUUGUUGUCAAAUGACUGAGAACUGCCUUUUCAUUUUCUGACUGUGUAAGCGUGCAAAUAAAUUGUUUACUGUAACACAUGUGGCUCUGUUCAUGUUUGCCAGGAAGGCUGUGGAAGCCCAACAGAACAGUGAGUAGAAACAUGGUCUGUGUUUCUACUUUUAACGCCAGCUCUUUGAGCUUCAGUGGAAAACCUGCAAAAAUUAGACAUCAGAGGGAAAAAUGCACACACUGUAUACAGGACACUGUUGAAUAAUAAUAAUCUGGGAAAUGUGUUGAUAAAUGUAACCCUGCCUUCCUGUCUUUAUGAAAUGAUGUGAAAAUUGCUCCAUUUAAACCAGCACAACAUUGUUGCUUUCAGGCGUUUGUACUUGAACAGCCACAGAAAGCUGGCUGAGAGUAGAGCCAUUGUUGUGUGUGCGCUCCUUUUACCUCGGUCACCUGUAAAAGUCCACCUGCUCGAGCUGCACCUGUGUGCCGGGGUGGGGGCUGCAUCUCGUCCCUGCGCUGGAGCGGCUGUAACAUAAGACGGUGUUCCCAGCAGUCCUGCUGAGCACAGCACCAACUUCAUUGUAACCUCUGAAGAAUAAAUGUAUAUAAAAACUCUGUACAGUAGUUUUCAUUGAUUGGUAGAAAAUGGCAAGUUUCAUUUCAAAGUUUCUUUUGAGUGUAUAUGAAUAAGUCAUCUGUAUAUUUAUAUGCAAACAAGUGUACCUGUGCAUGUAUGUGUAUUGGUACACUUGCAUGUGUCUUUGUAUAUCUUCUGCUAAUGUCCAACCUUUCAGUAAAGGGUGCGAUUAUAG